UCUUGGUACAGCAUAAAAAAAGACAGAAGAGAAAAAGAAAAUUUAUGUUAGCAUGAACGGUUUCAGCGGUUUUAUCCACGGAUCACCUCAUGUAUUCUGUCCAGACAAACAACCAUCAACAUCUCGUCGCGUCAGAAUCAGAUGGCAUUUUUUCCCCUCCUCCCCUCGUCGACGAAUCGAGUUUGGAUCCGUGGCGUAACCAAUCCCAAUAAAAAUCGCCGCCUCCAAUUCUUCAACCUCGGUGACACCAGAAGCAGAGGGGUUGCGAAUUGAUCGAGGCUUUCUGCAGCCCACUUGUCCACUCCAACACAAGAGCCGGGGCGGCGGAUCGGCCAUGGCGCCGCCACGGCAAGGGGGGGAGCAGGCGGAGGCGGGUGUUCGCGAUUCGGCGCCGGCGCUGCGGCCCCCCGCACACGUGAUGGCGCGGGUGUUCUCGCAGCUCGACUGCGUCGACCUCCUUAGCUGCUCCCUCGUCUGCAAGCAAUGGUACCGUGACUCCGCGGAGCUGAGAGAGGACUGGAGGAUGGAGUACCUGGACGCUUGGAACCAGUUCGGGUUGUCGGUGACGCGCGAGCCGCAGCCGCUGUGCGCUACUUGCGCGAUCAGAAGCCUGCGUAGCCUGUGCCCUUGACCUUGGCUUGGCACCUUGCUGCUCUCUGCAUCCAUGCGCCUGUAAUUUUGAUCAGGCAGGUUGUUGGUGCGCUCAUGAGCUGCUUGUGUCGAGCUCGUCGUUGUGUAAUUGCAAUUUGUAGCUACAUUGGUGCAUACUUGUGGGUGUCCAGUUGCAAGUGUAAGUACAUGUUUGUUGGGUGAUGGGUUGUAUACCUGACUUAUAUAAGGAAACUUGUAUUAGAAUUGACUUACCAAAAGCUUGGCCAAUAUCAUUCAUCAGUACAGAGUGCUUUUCCAUAACAAGAA